AUUUUUAAUAAAUCUCGAACAAACGUAAAAAUACAUUCCCAAUCACAUACAGACGCUACAUUUUGAGUCCUAAAUGAAGAGCGCUUCCACCAUCGUCAGCAGCAAGCCGGCCGCAGUCGUCUCAGUGCGGACGCUACCGGCUUUCUGAAAUCGCAGCACGACGAGGGAGUUCACCUGCUUGAUCAUAGCAACAGUCUUGGCGAAUCCCAGGGUCGCAGUGUCGACACCACCAACGGACAGCAGAAUAUCGCCCUUGGACGCGAGCUCAAGUCCGACGGAGGUCGAUGCGUCUGUGACUUGAUCAAUUAAAGGAUGACUCGACUUCGUCCGACCUUCCACGAGAACAAGACCGAGCCGGCCGCCCAGAUAGUGCACAUCAUAUUCGCCGCGAUCGUCAACGACGCUCGGCGGCCGUGGCGCGACUGUGAAGGAUAAGCGAAGCGUCCCGUCCACAUGGUGCAGUUUCGCCAUGGCCUGAUCAAAACCAAGAGACUUGGUAUCGACCCCAUCAAUCGCGACCAGCUCGUCGCCCACCUGGGCCAUUGGUUGUGCACCGGUCGUUUUCGUGACGACGGGCCGAUCGGAAUCGCCAUGCUUUUCAAACACAAGACCCAGCCGUUCGCCAUGGUACUUGAUGUCGUACCCUCCGUCUAUAGACGCCGUAUUCAACUGGGCCUGCUCAAAUGCAAGCACAAUCGGCUUCUCUACAUGACCCAACAUGGCCAACACAUCGUGGAACUUCAUCUCGGUCACGACUGUAUCGCCAAUGGACACAACAAUGUCGCCCACUCGGGGGUGGCAAUUCUUCAAAGCUGGCGGAAGCACGGCUUCGUUAAUGUUGGACACAUUCGUGACAAGUGUAAUCGGGUCUUUCGCGAACGAGAUGCCGAGGGGUUUCAUGUCGACGGUCCACUCGAAUGAGUAUCGUCGCGCAGUCGCCAACGGUGGAGCAACGUACAUUGGCGUGUCAUUGCGGCGGUUGCGAAAUACGAGAUACAGUGGGAGCUUGGGGUGUUGGAGGAUCGCAAUGGCAUCGUUGUAUGGAAUCGGACCGCUUCGUUGUUCUGCUUCUACAGAAUACAGCACGUCCCCGACACUACCUUCACUUGCGUCCAGCUGCGCAAAGUGAGGUGGAAGCGGGCGCACGAGUUUGGAGAUCACGGCCGCCCCUGAUGUUGGGUCUUCCUGUAGCCAAACACCGAGAUGGUCACUCUCCCAGUGGACGGUGUACGUCGGCGAAGGUGGCGGCAUGGUGAAAACGUG